GCCAAUUUGGGGUUCCUCGACCUCAGAAAUUCGCACCUCACGGCACCCACCCUUCCUCAAACAACUACACCCCAAGCCGGCUUUCUAAUUUUCACUCAUUGCGCACACCAGACGACUUAUCAUCGCCAAAUUAUCGUCGGCACCAUCUCCGGGAUCAUAGCAACCUUCUCCGACUUGCUUACACCCGCGAGAGCGCGUCUUCGUCGCGUAUAAUUGAUCCAAAGCCUCGACGAGGUACCCAGCAGCCACCAUGGCUCCCCGUGGUCGACAGAGCGGCAACGACACCGACGCGUCCAUGCAGGAUGCGCCCGAGUCCGCCAGCCACGUUGUCGACGAGAUGGAAGUCGACGAGACUCCCGAUUAUACCGACUCAGAUACCAACCCAAAUACUACCGCCAGCAGCGUAACCGGGGAACCAGUUCCAGAUGGCCGCAAGAAGCGCUCAGAGGCCAACCAGCUGCGAAGAAGCAUAUUUGGUAAAAAGCACGACAGGUUGGGAGAAUCAAAGGAGGACGACACGAUUCGCCGGUUCCGAUACCUUUUGGGUUUGACUGAUUUGUUCCGCCACUUCAUCGAGCACAACCCAGACCCCAAAAUCCGCGAAAUCAUGGCUGAGAUCGAUCGCCAAAAUGAAGAAGCAGCGAAAAACAAGAAGGGCGCUGGUCGUCAGGGCGGCGCUACUAGUGAAAGACGUCGCCGCACCGAGGCCGAGGAAGACGCCGAACUUCUCAAGGACGAAAAGCACGGUGGCUCAGCCGAGACCGUCUUCCGCGAAUCCCCCGCUUUCAUCAAUGGCACCAUGAGAGAUUACCAGAUUGCCGGUCUGAAUUGGCUCAUUUCCCUCCACGAGAAUGGUAUCUCUGGUAUUCUGGCCGACGAAAUGGGUCUGGGCAAGACACUGCAGACCAUCUCUUUCCUGGGCUAUCUUCGGCACAUCAUGGGCAUCACUGGUCCCCACCUCAUCACAGUUCCGAAAUCAACUCUGGACAACUGGAAGCGAGAGUUUGCAAAGUGGACACCCGAGGUCAAUGUGUUGAUUUUGCAAGGGGCCAAGGAGGAGCGUCACCAGCUCAUCAACGAUCGGUUGGUGGACGAGGAUUUCGACGUGUGCAUCACCAGCUACGAAAUGAUUCUCCGAGAAAAGGCCCAUCUUCGAAAAUUCGCCUGGGAGUACAUCAUCAUCGACGAGGCCCAUCGCAUCAAGAACGAGGAGUCCUCGCUUGCCCAGGUCAUCCGCAUGUUCAACUCGCGCAACCGUCUUUUGAUCACGGGAACCCCGCUACAGAACAACCUGCACGAACUUUGGGCGCUGCUCAACUUUUUGUUGCCCGAUGUGUUUGGUGACUCUGAGGCUUUCGACCAGUGGUUCUCGGGCCAAGAUAGAGACCAGGAUACGGUUGUGCAGCAGCUGCACAAGGUGUUGCGGCCUUUCCUGCUUCGUCGUGUCAAGAGCGAUGUGGAGAAGAGCCUUCUACCCAAGAAGGAGGUGAAUGUCUACAUUGGCAUGUCGGAGAUGCAAGUGAAGUGGUACAAGAGAAUUCUGGAGAAGGACAUUGACGCCGUCAACGGUGCAGGAGGCAAGCGCGAGUCCAAGACCAGACUUCUCAACAUCGUUAUGCAGCUUCGAAAGUGCUGCAACCACCCUUAUUUGUUUGAAGGUGCGGAGCCGGGCCCUCCUUACACCACAGACGAGCAUUUGGUCUUCAACUCCGGCAAGAUGAUUAUUCUCGACAAGCUUCUCAAGAGAAUGCAGGCCCAAGACAGUCGCGUGCUGAUCUUCUCGCAAAUGAGUCGCCUGUUGGAUAUCCUGGAGGACUACUGCGUCUUCCGUGGUUACAAGUACUGCAGAAUCGAUGGUGGCACAGCCCACGAGGAUCGUAUUGCGGCCAUCGACGAGUACAACAAGCCCGGAUCUGAGAAGUUCAUCUUCUUGUUGACAACAAGAGCCGGUGGUUUGGGAAUCAACUUGACAACCGCCGAUAUUGUUAUUCUCUACGACAGCGACUGGAACCCCCAGGCCGAUCUGCAGGCCAUGGACAGAGCGCAUCGUAUUGGUCAAACCAAGCAAGUCGUGGUCUACAGGUUCGUGACAGACAACGCCAUUGAAGAAAAGGUACUGGAGCGCGCGGCCCAGAAGCUGCGUCUUGAUCAACUGGUUAUCCAGCAGGGUCGCGCUCAAAUUGCCGCCAAAGCUGCGGCGAACAAGGAUGAGCUUUUGUCCAUGAUUCAGCACGGCGCCGGAAAGAUUUUCGAGACCAAGAGCGCCUUUGGAGAACUGGCCGAGAAGGGUGGCGAGCUUGACGAUGAUGAUAUUGACAGAAUUCUGAACGCCGGUGAGAGCCGGACGAAGGAGUUGAAUGCCAAGUAUGAAAAGCUUGGUAUCGAUGAUUUGCAAAAGUUUACCUCCGAGUCAGCCUACGAGUGGAACGGCGAGGAUUUCGCCGCCCGCAAAAAGGAUGUCGGGCUUAGCUGGAUCAACCCAGCGAAGCGUGAGCGCAAGGAGCAGAUUUACUCGAUUGACAAGUACUACAAGCAGGCCUUGCACACUGGUGGCCGGACUGCCGACACCAAGCCGAAGGCGCCUCGUGCCCCAAAGCAGGUAGCUGUACACGACUACCAGUUCUACCCACCCAGGCUCCGCGACCUUCAGGACAGGGAGACCGCCUACUAUCGCAAGGAGAUCGGCUACAAGGUUCCGUUACCCGAGGGCGACGACGACAACCUGUCUGAGCGGGAGGCCGAGAGGGCUCUCGACCAGCAGGAAAUCGACAACGCCACUCCCCUAACCGAAGAAGAGCAAGAGGAGAAGCAACAGCUGGCUCAGCAAGGCUUUGGCGAGUGGAACAGGCGAGACUUUCAGCAGUUCAUCAACGGUUCCGGUCGUUAUGGCCGGAACAACUAUGAUGACAUUGCUUUGGAGGUUGACAACAAGACUCCUGCAGAGAUCAAGGCAUACGCCAAGGUGUUCUGGCAGCGCUACACCGAGAUCACGGACUACCCCAAGUACCUAAAGGUGAUUGAAGAUGGUGAGGACCGCAUGCGCAAGAUCGAGCACCAACGCAAGAUGUUGCGCAAGAAGAUGGGCCAGUACCGUGUACCACUUCAACAGCUCAAGAUCAACUAUUCGGUCUCGACUACCAACAAGAAGGUGUACACCGAGGAGGAGGACCGCUUCCUGCUGGUGCUGCUCGAUAAGUACGGCGUGGACACGGAGGGCAUCUACGAGAAGAUUCGUGAUGAGAUCCGUGACAGCCCGCUGUUUAGGUUCGACUGGUUCUUCUUGAGCCGCACGCCCACUGAACUGGGCCGUCGCUGCAACACCCUUCUCACCACCGUAGUGAAGGAGUUUGAGGACGUCAACACGACGACCAAGACCAACGGUACGAACGGCAAGCUCAAGAGGGAGCUGGAAGAUAAUGAGGAGAAUGACGAGGAUAGCAUUCUUGGGUUGGCGCCGGCGAAGAAGAAGAGCAAGGCUAACGGGGUCAAGAACAAGGCUCUUGAUAACGUCAAGUCGGCGACUGCCAGCAAGGCCAACUCGACAUCCCCGUCAAGGGCGUCCAGUGUCGGGUCUACCAACUCGACUCCUGCGGCUACUAAGAGCAAGGCGAAGGGCAAGAAGAAAUAGAUUUUUUGUACGACACAGACAUGGAAAGGAAAGAUGAUGAGAGCUACGUAGCCAGGAGGGUUGUUGGGAGUUUCUAGCUGUCAUGGUUAUUUGGUGGCCAGCAAGGUCACGCCAGUGGGUCGGAUUAUUAGAAGGCGGGUGGGGAGGCGAUGUAAAUUACUAUUGCUUGGGAAAGGGCGUUAUUUGGGGUGUGUAUUUGUGGGGAAUUUUGUUGUUUCUUUUGUAUUUAUUGUUUUUGCGAAAGCAGGGGGAAGCGGGACGGGGAAAAGCUGGUUGUCGUCUGCCGUCGUUUCUUGCUAGUUGCUGGUGGUGGUGAUACUUCUUCAGUGCUUUGCAGGUAAUAUCAGCUCGCAAGUAGCAAAAAUGGGGUGCUUUUACAGCUAUAGAUAUUCAAGUCUUUCUAGAUUUGUCUACCCUGCCUGUGUCUAAAGUUAUAAUUUGAGUUUAAAAGAAAGAAAAAACCACGGGAAAUCCCGGGCACGC